AUGUCGCAGCUCUCCCCCAACAGCCAUCUCGCAGCCACCUAUCGUACCUGGGCCCGGCUGCAGGACCUCAAGGCCAACCCCUCGCUGGCUUUGGCGGCAGCGCGGAUUCGCGCACCCGACCAGGCCACCUCCCUGCAAGCUGCUCUGCUGCAGCAUACCCAAGCCGGCAUCCUCGUCGCUGUCGACAAAGACGAGCAUGGAACCCCCGAGCAUCCGGGGUCCCACUCGAUGCCCUCGGCCUGGGUGCGCGCCUCCAUCGCGGUACGCGCCAACGCCAACGUCCGGGGCCACAGCGCCGUCAGCAUCCCCAUGCUCAACAGCCUCCUCCAACUACUCGCCCACCGCAUCACCCCGAUCGGCCCCCUCCGCGGUUCCAUCUCCGCCUCGGGCGACCUGACGCCGAUGUCGUACAUUGCCGGCACCAUCGAGGGCAGUCCCGACAUCUACGUGCGGCUCUGCAACGACGCCCAUCUCCUCGCCGUCACCUCCCAAGCGCUAACCGCCCUCGGCGUCGAAGCCCUAACCGGCACCGCCGAAUCCUUCCACCCGUUCAUCCACGCCACCCGUCCACACCGGGGCCAAAUCGAAAGCGCCGCCAACAUCCUCACCCUCCUCCAAGGCUCCCACCUGGCAACCGAGCCCCUCCCCAAAUCCCGCACCAGUCCGGGUCUCAUCCAAGACCGCUACGCCUGGCGCAGCGCGCCGCAAUGGCUCGGGCCGCAGCUCGAGGACCUGACUCUGGCCUCGACCCAACUCCACACGGAACUCAACUCCAGCACCGACAACCCUCUCAUCAACCCUACCACCACCACCACCACCACCGCCACCACCACCACCACCACAGCAACAGAAAUACACCUAACAGACAUCCAAACCUGGACAACCCAGACAACCACCCUCCUCCGAGAAACCUAUCACACCACCGCAGCUCAAUUCCUCAACCACCCUCACACAGCGGACCUUCUCGGCGCGGGGACCAAAACGCUAUAUAAUCCCGUGCGGAAAGACCUACAAGUCCCCUUUCAUCGAGGGAGGAUUGAUCAUCCCACCACCUCCUCCUCCUCCUCCUCCUCCAUCGACCAAAGCGAGGAAAGGGAUCGAGGAGACAAAAAAAACCAUCGGCUCGUGGAUCUUGGUAAUCUACGAGGCCUUACGACGGGGGGAUAUCCAAGGCUGUGUCUUGGAAUGGAUACGGGAAUUGGAAUUGGGAUCGGGAUUAGAAUUGGAGAAGUGAGAAAGGGAAGGCUUGUAUGGACGGAUGCGGAUGCAUGUAGCACCGCGGACCCAUGGGUCGGGGGCGGUGCGGUGGAAGUCUAG